AUGUACUGGCAGGUCGCUGAAGCUGCCUACCGUGAGGCGGUGCUUCCGCUGCUUCCCAUCAGCGAAAUGACGACCGGUGUCAUCGGCGCCGUCGUCACAGCCCUGGCGCCUCGCGACCGUGUCCCCGAUGGCAGAGCUACGCCGUGCAACCCAUCUGAAUACCUGCACACUGAGGCCAGACUUCGGCCUGCACCCACGCGGUGUUCGAGCAGUGCGCACGGCGCUUCUGGUGGGCCGACGUGCGAGGCGCGCGACAUAUGCUGGACUUAUUGA